GCACAUGAGUUCAGCCACACCAUCAUCCACGGCCGCCCCAAGCCGGGCCAGCUAGUGGUGGGCGCGGGGCUAUCAGCUCUAGCCGGCUCACCUGGAGCAGCGGGAGGAGCGGCUGCUGGACAGGCACCCUUGGCGGCUGCGUUGCCGGGGCCGUCCAGGCUUGGAGCAGCAGCAGCUGCAGCAGCACCGUUGCAGCCGCCUCCAGCCGCCGGGGGGUCACCGGCCGCGCCGCCUCGGCCGCCCGCGGCAGCGGCAGCGACUCCGGGCGCUGCUGCCAGGGUUGGAUCAGCGGCGGCACAGGCGCCUGUACGGCAGAGCGCCGCGAGUCCCAACAUGAUGCCACGCAACGGGGCCGCCCUCGGUGCGGCCGGCGGGGGCUUGGCGGCAGGGCGAGCUGGCGCGGUGGCGCCGGGACGAGGGGCGGUGGCGCCGCCGGCGCUGGGCGGCGCUGGGGCAGCGGCGCUGAAACAGGCUCAGGAGGCGGCCAAGCCGCGUGAGGACGCGGUGAUGGCCCUUGCGCGAAAAGGCCAACCGCAGCAGCUGCAGCCACAGUCGCCAUACCAGCAACCACCUCAGCAGCGGCAGUGGUCCAGGCCCUUGUCGCCUUCGCGCCGUACAUCCAUGGCCCGGCAGCCGCCGUCCUCGCCUCCGCCUGCACCGGACCGACUGCCGCCGCUGUCACCCUCCUUGGCCAAACGCGCAGCCGAUGCGGAGGCCAAUGCCAAGCGGGAGCUGGAGCGCGCCAAGGCUCGGGAGAUGGCGGCGCUGGGGGCCCAGCGGGAGAUCGAGCGUCUACGGCUCGAGGAGCAGCGCAAGAAGCUGGAAGGGGAGAAGGCCCGGUUGGAAGCGGAGCGCAAGAAGCGCGAGAUGGCCAAGGUGGAAGAGGAGCGGCGGGCUAAGGCGGCUGAGGAGGCACGGGCGCGGCUCAAGGAGGAAGAGGCGCGGCGGCAGCGGGAGACGGAGGCUAAACGCAGAAAGGCGGAGGAGGAGGCUCGAAAGAAGGACGCGGAGCGAGCAGCGCGGGAGAAGGAGCGGGAGGACAUGCGCGCGAAAAUAGCUGCCCAGCGCAAGGAAUUCCAGGAUAGACAGGCGGAGGCAGCUCGGAACCGCGCGGCGGUGGAGCAACAGAUGGGCCGAGCCGCACAACCAGAGGAGGGGGGCAGGGGGAAUGGGGUGGCGGACGAGCCGGGGCCCUCGGGGGCCGGUCCAGGAGCAGGUGCUGGUGCUGGUGGCCGCCGCAACAACGAGGACUACUUGUCGGCGGAGCAGCGCCGGGCGGUGUGGGAGGAGCAGCGCGCGGCGGCGGAGCGGAACCGGCGUGCGGUGCAGCAGGCGGAGCGCCACGGCGGCAUAGCGGAGUUCCUCGGCGUGCCUAGGGACUCGGAUGACGGGUCCCGGGGGGUAAGGCCGGGGGGGGGCAGGCCGUCGCCCCCGCCGGCAGCCCGAGGGGGAGGAGGAGGAGGAGGAGGGGGUGCCGCUGGAUCGGACAUCUCCCCCGAUGUAAGGCGAGCCGCCUACCUAGAGAUGCGGGCGGCAGCAGAGCGCAACCGCGCGUCGGCGGAAAACUCGGAGCGAGGACGAGGCACUCCACCCGGGCAGCGGGCGGCAGGGGCCCCGGGGCGAGCACCUUCGCCGGCUGGGCAAGGUGCACCCGCCGCGGCCUCCCCCGUGUCGCGCCCCACCGACCCAUGGGCCGCGAAAAGGGCCCGGUUGGAGGAGGAGCGCCGGAAGCGAGAGCAGGAGAUCCUGGAGUUCCAGCGACAGCACUGGCAGGAGGUCCGCGAGGCCCGCGAGCGCAACAAGCGGCAGAUCAUGGCGGAGGUGCGCGGAGGAGCAGGAGGGGGAUCUCCGGCCGGGGAUGCCGCACAGGCUUCGCCGCCGGAUGGCCAAGCUCCGGCGGAUGCGGCGACCCCGUCUGCGGCAGCGGCUGGGGGACCUGCCGGCCGGGGCGGAGCAGCAGCAGCAGCGGCAGCGGUGGAGGACGAUGACGACGACAUGGAUUUCGCCGCCAUGGUCAAGGAUAUGCAAGAUGUGUUGAUGCAGGACGGCGCCAAUGCCGUGGAGGUCCGGGGGGGCUCUGGGGAGGGCGACGACGAGGAGGAUGACGAGAUUUACAACGACGAGAUGCACAACGCGGCUCUGUCGGGCCAGUUCAUGCUCAAUGGCCAAGUAAUUCAGCUGCCCGGGGUACGGGAGGGAGACAGCCUGGCGCUUAAGGUGGAGGCUCUGCGGGUGUUCUUGGAGCAAAACCUGGGCACGGAUGCCUUCCUCAAGGUGUACAGGAUGUUGGAGAGCCUGACUCCGCAGGACGACGAGGCGCAGGUGUCCGCCUUGUUCCUGGAGGUGCUGGGGCAGGAGAAGUUGCCAUACUUGCAACUGGUGCACCAGCUGAUUGUGUGCGAGGAAAACAUGCACAUGGAGGGCGCGUAG